UCCGGAAAUGAAGAGUAGAAGAAGAAUGUAACGCAGGGAAGGAGCUACAGUACUAUCGCGGUGUCAGAUGAUUAGCUUAUAGUAAAAAUACUGUUAAACGACGCACAGUUCGCCUCUCUUUCCAGCAUUACGAAGCUAUCUUGGUUGUCAAUAAUGUAUCUUGCUCCGUUAUUUACAUUUUGAAGCCUUUCUCGUAUCGCUGAUAAUGCUGAAAAUGAAGCUACCGAUGAAAACGGGCGAGGAAGGAGGCGACGAAACGGCCGAGGACGAUUCAUUGGACCAGCCGGAGCACCAACAUAUUCCCAGGGCUGUACCUCCCUCUUCGGUGUCGGACAGGCUGGAUGAGUCGCCUAGACCUUACGUGUAUCCAUCCCAGCUGGACAAGGAGACUGUUUUUGAGUGGUUCGGCCUUCAUCUAAACCCCGCUAAGCGGAUCGAGUUCAUGUGCGGGCUGCUACAUAUGUGCCAACCCCUGGAGCUUCGCUUUUUUGGAUCUUAUUUAGAGGAUCUCGCUAGAAAAGAUUACCACGUUUUAAGGGACUUUGAGUUUCGGGCAAAUAGUCCGAGCGAUUUGGGAGUUUUAACGGAUGUGACUGACCCAGUGGUUAUGUCCAAACUCCUGGUCUGCCUGUCUCUCCUCGGGUCUGACAGCAGGGACUGCGCUGGAAUCCUCUUUGGGAUACUGAGCCAUGUAGACCCGGCCUUGUUCUUCAAAAAUUAUGACUGCUCCCUUCCUCCAUUCAGGGACACUCAGCACCACUCGUCCCAUCAACCGUGUCAGGAUGGGAAUGUGUACGGACGAUCAGAUCGGAGUUGCGGCUUCUCCACCAACGAAACAGCGACCGGACCUUUAGAGCAAUUGGCACUACUUUUUACUAUGGCCUCUCUACACCCAGCUUUCCAUUUCCAUCAACGGGAGAAGGUCCGAGGGCAGCUUGAGAAAAUAGAGCUUUCCAUUGAGGAGGAGAGACAUCAAAGCCAGCUUAGAAUAAACGCCCAGUCAACGGAGCUGAUGGGCCAGAAGGUGGAUUACUUGCCUUCCCCAGCAGAGUUGAGUGAAUGUGCAGCCUCCCAUCCUCCAUGCCAGAGCCGACGCUCCGGCCGCUGGGCCGCACAAAGAGAAGCAGUGCAUAUAGAGGGAAUUGUGCUCAGGGGCAUCUCUCGGACCAGAAUAGACAAGGAGUACAACUUUGAGGUGAAGUGGUCAGACUCCUCUUCCAGUACUGUGACCAAAACCCAUCUGGAACUGGAGAAUUUCCUUCUCAAGCUUCCUAAGGAUCAGUGUACUGAAUCUUUUGAGAAGAGCAUCCUGAGGCUUCUGAACCAGGGAGACCAGACUGAGAGCAGGGAUGUGGAGAAGAACCUCAGGGCAAGGUUCCUGUCUGCUCCUCCCAUCUUCAGACAGACCAGAAAGGUCUGCAGCUUCUUUAAUUGUGACUCCAGUUACUCUACAAAACCUAAUUGCUGCAGAUGCAACUGCCAGCUGGGUAAGGUCUACCAGAGGGACUGCUCUGAUGCUUCCAGUCAGGAGGAAGAGUCCUAUGUUCAGGGACACAAGAAAAAGCACGGAGCAAGUAAGAGUCCAUGUCAAAGUCUCACUACUGCCAAGGGAUCCCAGGGGGACAGUCGGAGGGGCGUCCACACCGCAGAGCUCAAUGGACCAGCAGAGAGGAGGAAGAGCUGUACACUGAGGAGCAGCCAGGAGGCUGAGCAGCACAUGGAACCUGAAAAGAGAAACCACCCAGUCACUAAAGCGAAGAGCAGAGGCCUGCCCACAGACAGGGCCAAGGGGAAGGGUGCUGCCUUUGUAACCAAUGGCAGGCUGGUACCAGCACUGUCACCUCAGAGGAAAGAUGGAGGUUCUGGUCUAGAUACCUUCGGUGAAACAUCGUCAGAAAGCUACAGCUCUCCAUCAAGUCCUCAGCACAGAGGACCGGAGAGCAUGGAUAGUGAGGACGACAACAACAAAGAUACAGACAGCCACUCCGAUGACUCCAGCAAAUGUCCGGGCCCUGACAUGUUCUUCACUCAGCAGACUGAUCCAGCUGCAGCAGAGGAUCUCCCGUCUGUCCACUGUCUGUCUUCCAAGACCCAGAUAGAGCCGCUAUGCCCAGAGACCAGCACAGAUUUCCCGCCGCUCUCCCUGCCCCCCUUCAUGCAUCCUCUGCCCUAUGUGCUCCCCAAUGGGGCUGUUGACUCUCCACUCCCUCUGGUCCCUCCUCUCAGCCAAAGCAUUGUCCCAGAUGUGAAGCCCUCAUCGGGGACAGUGAUGAUGCAGAUGCCCUUAGUGCCUUCAGCUGUCCCAGGUCCUGGAAUUGUAGGAGACCCAGAGAAGAGGGACAUGCUCCCGACCUUUGGCAUUCCACCCAUUGGCCUCCACCCUCCAGGAGGUCCUGCUGUGCAGCCUAUGGUUCAGAGGUUUAAAACAGCUUUGCCUCACAGCCAAGGUGGCACUGAUGGAGCCUCAGGGAAUGGUUCUACUCCUGCCCACCCACCAGCUUCACACACGAUUCCCGUAAGAGCCAUUAGUGUCAUAUCCUCUGGUCCUGCAUCUUACUCAUCUCCUCUUCAGCAGUCUCUGCCCUGCCAAGACCCAGCCAGUGUCAGCUCCGGCCUGGCCCUCUCUCUGCCACAUGUGGAGACUUCACACGCCAAGCACCCCGGUUUAACCCUACCGUCUGGCCUGCCUUCUCCCUACACCCUGCCCGCUGUCCCCACCUCUGUCAUGCCUGCUGUAGGAGCGCCUGCAGCCACUGGAAUAACUCCGUCACCUGGACAUGUACAAUCAGUUGUUCCACCAGCUGUGCCCACCCACACGCCUGGACCUGCCCCCAGCCCCAGCCCAGCGCUUACUCACAGCACAGCACACAGCGACUGUACAUCGUACAGCAACAGCAGUGCUUCCUGUGGAAGUGCCACUGUCGCCCCUGGCAACCCUAUUACUGCUCAGCAAACCCAGCAGCAACAGAUGCCCACGCAGCAGCCAACGCCACAACAACCACAACAACAGCAACCAGUGGGCUGUGGGACCUGCGGUUGUCACAACAACUGCGGCGGUCGAGUCAGUGUCAGUAACAACAACAGUGUCAGUGGGGCCUCUGGCUGCCAGGCACCCUUAUUCUUCCCUGCCCACCAGAUGGCAGCAGCACGGCAGGUGUUCAGCCUUUCUCCUCUUUUCCAGCUCACAAGCCUGUGCAGUACCAGUUACCUCACCCAGGGCCAGCCUCCGCACCAGGCUAACAGUGCUGCCACCCUGUCCCCCUUCUUCCCCACUGCUCCUCCUCCGGCACAUCCGCCCCCUUAUGGCCCCCUCCACACUCACUCUCACAGCCACGCGGAUGUGCCGUCACACAUGCUGAGCACCCAGGCUGCGGCAGCGGCGGCGGCCGCAGCUGCAAACUACAACCUCCAGCAGCAAAUGGCGCCAGCAGCAUCGUUCUGCCAGCGUGUCUACCAGCAGCAUAUGUACCCAAAUCCGUUGGGUAUAAUGCCUGCUGCUACACUUGGGGGAGGCGGAAUCAACAAGAAGAACGGCAAUGUGUCCUGUUAUAACUGUGGUGUGAGUGGCCACUACGCUCACGACUGCAACCAGCCCUCCAUAGACUCCACACAGCAAGGUGGCUUCCGGCUAAAGUACGCAGCCUCCCACAUUUCAGAAGCACUUGACAAUGCAGACUGAAGAGGAAGAGAGGACGAAGAGGAGUUCCACAGGUCUCGUUUUCCCACAGUGACGUUUCCUCUUUUCUUCCCCAGCCGCUGUGUGUGCGCUGAGUACUUCAGGAAAAAGAAAAAAACAAAAACACAUUCUUAAAAAGAGAGCGACCUGCCAAGGGCUGGUGGACAAAGCCUAAGUACUUGUGCCUGAGAAAAAUCUCGUUCCCAUGGAGAUGACUUGCUGUCUGGUGGACACCAACAGUUCCCGUGACUCCCAGCCCCUUCCCUUUCAGUUUGUUUUUGAUAUUUUUGCACUGAGGGUUGGAAAUGAUUAACUUAUUACUGAAUAAUUAGGAUGUUCAGCGAUUUUUUGGGGGGGGGUUACAAUUAAGCAGAGACUAGUCUCAACUGAAAAGGUUGUUAUACACUCAUUUCUAAAAUAGCGUAUUUAUGCUUUUUCCUCAUUACUGUUCCCCUAGGGUUUUUAUGUGUGACAGAAUUGUACAGCAGUUUUCAAAGAUUAAAACAAGGAUCAGAAAGUAAUGUAAGCAGAAUGGAUUUUAGGUUUGUUUUCAUUUUCAGUUUUGCUGUAAGGUUUUUGAAUGUACGGCCUCUCUCUCUUAAAGGAAUCGGACCGUGUCAAAGUGUAUGGAUCUCAUGCAUUUUUGCCACUUGACAUACUGUAUGUUUAGUUGAAAGGUAAUUGCUGCUUUGUAAUGUCGUUUUGUUUUUUUUUUCCAGUUUAAAAAUUAUUUUACUUGGUGAAAUGCACUAUGGCAAGGAAGGAAAACAAAUGCACUAAAUCAGUCUUCACUGCAUAGGAAUUUAUUUGUUUUCACUAUCCAAAUCAACAUAAACUAAUCCGCAAAUUCAGCAUUGACAGUUGACAGUUUUAGGAUUUCAGGUGAGAACCAUUUUUUUAUGAAUAUUUUAGAGAGAGUGAGAUACCUCACUGUUUCUAAAAUAAACCACAGAUACUGAAGAGAUACAACACAAGAGGAAAUCAUUCUAUCCUGUUGAGUAUACUGGCAGUAGUCAGACCACUGCCCUGUUAGUUACUGCAUUUGGUCAAGAGAAAGAUAUCUUGACAGCUACCUGCCAGACUGCAAUUGUAUUGGUGGUCGUGGGGGGGGGGGGGCAUUAAACUUGUAAGUCUAAGGCAACAGUUGCGCUACAGUUCACUAGUACACAGAAAAUAAAGUAGAUUAAUGUUGUCCUGAAGAUGAAGCUGUCCUAUUUUGGACACAAGAGAGGAUUUAAGAUUUUUUAGUAACUAAUGGAAUGGUUCUCAAAGGCCUCAGUUUGCUUCAAACUUGCUAGUACACACACUGUGCUGUCCAACCACAUGUAACAUUUCUAUGCCCUGUUGUCCCAAGUCUCCCCAGGAAUGAUGUCUUUUCAUGUUUUUGGCAUGGAUCUUAGCCAGCUAGCUUUGUUGGAAGAUGAUGUCCUCAUUAAUAAAAGAUGUAACUUUUGUUGAAUUGUGGCCACAAGUGACAUUUACAAGUUGUUAAAUGUGAGAGAAUAGUAGUAAUAGAAUUUUAAAGUGCAAAAUAAUAAUAACAUAACUUCUAAUUACUGAUAAGUAAUUAGACAGGAAUAUAUAUAUGUGUGUGCAAUGUCUGGGUGAUUGUCAGUUUUAGAAAAUUUCAAAAAUUGUCAGACAUAGAUGAUUGUAGCCAAUUUAAUAAGCUCACUGUUUGAAGCAUACUGACGCGUCAAGAGUGCAACGGUUUGGAAUUGUUGUUCAUAGCUGUUUCCAUUUUAAGCUUAUACAAGAGAGAAAAAUGUGUAUUGAAGCUGAAACCACUAAGGAGGGCAAUAACCUUUUUUUUUUUUUUAACUGAGUGAAUAAAUCUGAAAUAUCUAAGUUGGGGGUUUCUUUUCUGCACAUAUCUUUUGAUAGCUUACCUAAGAUAUUUGGCAAAUCUGAUAUAUUUUACUACAUUUUCUGAACUGAGAUGCUUCUACAUGGAUAAAAGUUGAACAAAACAGAAAACUGACCAAAACAUUUACAGGCUGUAUUUGAUUUGAACGCUCAGAAAGGUUCUUUGAGGGGUUUCAAAAAGUAUUUUGAAAACAUUUGGAAUAAUGAAUGAAGGGAAUGCGUGAGAAUAUGGAGCUCCAAAGCCCACCAUAUUACUUAAUGGAAAAUAAAAUGCAAUUGGUGAAAUCAAGAAACUUUUAAGAACGCAACUCAUUAUUAUGAAAUGACACAUCAUCAUUUUCAGGUUCUCAUUUAUAUUUCAUGUAUUUUUAAAUUAGCAAUUAGCUGCUACCAGAUUUAGCCUAUUAGAACCUCUUGGCAACAUCGGUUCUGAAGUAAUUCUGGAUUCACCUUCUAGCAGUUCAUGUAAAUAUUCACAACGCAGACACGGAAACUAAUUUGUCUUCAUUAUUAUUCAGCUUUACCAGGCUACUCAUGCUAUCUGUGCAGCUUAGCAGGGUUGGUUUGGCAUCCAAGUGAAUAGAUUAUUAGCUUAAUAGCAGCAGCUAACAAUAGCUGGUUAAUUCAGAGUUAUAUCAGUGUUCUGAAUAUAAAAAAAAAACUUGCUUACACUGGUUCUUCACUUUAAUGGUAUUAAUCUAGGUUUACAAGCUAGCAACGUAGGUAGCAUGAGCAGCCUUGUUUAGUUAAGGCUUUGAAGCUAAAGAGGUUUAGUUGCUGUGUUUAUUAGUUUACAUAAGCAGAUACAUGGUUUAUUCAGGAUUACUUUGAUAUUGGUGUUGCUUUUGCUAACAGGGGCUUACUGGCUAAAUUUGGUUGCAGUUACUAUAAGGACAACACUACCGUGUCAUAACAAAAGCUAAAAGACUUGAACGAAGUUAUGCCUAUAGUGAAAUUGAGUUUCAUAAUAAUGAAUUAGUUUGUUUUUAUUCACAGAAUUUAUUUAGGUGUAUUUAUUUCACAAUAUCUUUAUUUCUUCAAUAUUGUGAGAAUGUGAGAAAGUUAACAGAACAAAAGAAAACUAAAUAAUUGGCCUGUUGAUAAUGAAGUGUGUACUGUGCAAAUAUCUGUGGAUAUCUGUCCUGGCUUCCUGUGGAGAAGACAAAUUUUUUUUUACAUUUUAAAAAGCUGUCAUAUUUCCUGGCAGCCCAGAGAAUGCCAUUUCUGCAAAUGAUGCUUUCACUUUCACAUUUAUUCUAGUUUCUCCUCAAUUAAGGUGGGUAUUUUAUGCUUUCCUUGGCAUCAUUUUGUGCGGCUCCGUUGUUCCUUGUCAGAAGGGGCAGUUUGUGUGUCUGUAACUCAGGCUGCUCUUAGGCUGUUUUCAGGGCUUCAUGUACACUGCUUGUUUUUGUGAUUUUGUCUGCCAUUAAUGCUCAACCUACUGCUAGUGCAUUAGUUAAAAUCUAUGCAUACACACUUGUUUUCUUGAAUGCUUAAAGUGGCUGUCAAGAGAUGCCAAUGGUGGAGACUAUGUGACAUUUGAUGUAAAUCUGUACAGGGUGCUAACCCUCAAACACACUGCAGUUAGAUCGGGGUGUGUCCCAAACUGUUUCCCAGAAAGUUCUUCCUGUUGUUUGACACUUGAAAAGGAUCAGCAGAUCCUGCACAGGACUGGAUCCAGUGAUCACGAGCAGUGAGCAGAAGUGGACCAGUCAGACUGAGUGGAUGAUGAGGGAAGGCCAGUGUAUAUACUGAGGAUGCACCAAACAACCCAAGUGUAGUAGUUUUGUUAACCUUGAUGGUUUGAAAAUGCUGUACUGUACAUUUGCAAGGGGUCAUUCUGCUGCCUCCCUCAGUUGUAAUGUUUACUGUACUCUUUGAUAUCUCUGUACUGGAAAGGUUAAAUAUAUUUCUAGAGUGGAUCUGGAUUUUAUGCAAACUGUUGUUUUUUUUUUUCCUGUAAUUAAAAGCAAUAAAUAUAAAAAUUC